UGGAUUUCAUGCGCUCGAGGAUGAAGCGGCUUCUUGUUGAUUUCCCGGGGCUCUCUGGAGUGAAGCCGCCCGACCCUCAAGUCGGACAUUCGGACAACAAGAGAGGACAAUAGACACAGCGGAGGGAACUUAAGUGUGUUUUUUCAACAGAGGCACAACCGCUAAACCUGAUGUAGCGGGAGUAUUACCAGUGAAAGGCAGUCGAGAGAAGAAACUGUCCUAUUUCGAAGGAGCACCGUGUUGGGACCGAGCCUCCGUCCGAGUCCACCCAGACAUGGUCCACUGUCAGCCGAGGCCGCCGAGGACUCUACUACCGCUGUGUUGAACUUGCCGGAAACCGUUUGGGAGUUGGGAAAAGAACGCUACUGUGUAAUUUGGGGAGUGAUACCGGCAGUCAUGCCCGAUCAAAUCACCGUGUCAGAGUUUGUGGUGGAGACCAACGAGGACUACAAGUCACCCACCGCCUCCAACUUUACCACCAGGAUGUCCCACUGCAGGAACACCGUGGCUGCCCUCGAAGAGGCUUUAGAUGUGGACCGCAGCGUUCUAUACAAGAUGAAAAAAUCAGUGAAGGCCAUCUACACGUCUGGUUUGGCUCAUGUAGAGAAUGAGGAGCUGUACACACAAGCGUUGGAGAAGUUUGGAGAAAACUGUGUGUACAGAGACGAUCCAGAUUUGGGUUCGGCUUUCCUGAAGUUCUCUGUCUUCACCAAGGAGCUCACGGCGCUCUUCAAAAACCUGUUCCAAAACAUGAACAACAUCAUCACCUUCCCUUUGGACAGCCUGCUGAAAGGAGAUCUGAAAGGAGUCAAAGGGGAUCUAAAAAAACCUUUUGACAAAGCCUGGAAGGACUACGAAACAAAAGUCACGAAAAUAGAAAAGGAGAAAAAGGAGCACGCCAGACAGCACGGGAUGAUCAGGACGGAGAUUAGCGGGGCGGAAAUUGCUGAGGAGAUGGAGAAGGAAAGGAGAUUCUUUCAGCUACAGAUGUGUGAGUAUCUUCUCAAAGUCAACGAGAUCAAAAUCAAGAAGGGAGUGGACCUGCUGCAGAACCUCAUAAAAUACUUCCACGCGCAGUGCAAUUUCUUUCAGGAUGGUCUCAAAGCAGUGGACAACCUGAAGCCUUCCAUAGAAAAACUGGCCACUGAUCUCCACACAAUAAAGCAGGCGCAGGAUGAGGAGCGGAAGCAGCUGACACAGUUACGAGAUGUUCUUAAGACAGCGCUACAAGUGGAGCAGAAGGAGGAUUCACAGGUGCGUCAGAGCAAUACCUACAGCCUACAUCAGCCGCAAGGCAACAAGGAACACGGCACUGAGCGCAGCGGCUACCUUUACAAGAGAAGCGACGGGUUGCGUAAAGUGUGGCAGAAGAGAAAGUGUACGGCAAAGAACGGAUACCUCACCAUCCCACAUGGCACUGCAAACAGGCCUCCAGCUAAACUGAACCUGCUCACCUGUCAGGUGAAGAACAAUCCUGAGGAGAAGAAGAGCUUUGACCUCAUUUCGCAUGACAGAACAUAUCACUUUCAGGCUGAGGAUGACCAGGACUGCCAAAUCUGGAUCUCCGUGCUCCAGAACAGCAAAGAGGAGGCGCUGAACCAAGCCUUCAAAGGAGACCAGCACGUCGGCGAGAACAACAUCGUGCAGGAGCUGACCAAGGCCAUCCUGGCCGAGGUGAAGAGGAUGACGGGAAACGACGUGUGCUGCGAUUGCGGCGCGCCCAACCCAACAUGGUUGUCCACCAACUUGGGCAUCCUCACUUGUAUCGAAUGCUCAGGGAUCCAUAGGGAGCUGGGAGUCCACUACUCCAGGAUCCAGUCACUCACUCUGGAUGUACUCAGCACCUCAGAGCUCUUGCUGGCCAAGAAUGUGGGGAAUGCAGGCUUCAAUGAAAUAAUGGAGGCUUGCUUAAGUGCUGAAAACGCGAUGAAACCCAACCCCUCCAGUGACAUGCAGGCGAGGAAAGACUUCAUCAUCGCUAAGUACACAGAGAAGCGCUUCGCCAGGAAGAAAUAUCCAGACUCUGUGUCGCGGCUCCACACGCUGUGCGAAGCAGUAAAGGCUCGGAACAUCGUCUCCCUCAUUCAGGUCUACGCCGAGGGAGUAGACCUCAUGGAGCCCAUACCGCUUGCCAACGGACAUGAGCAGGGAGAAACGGCGCUUCAUCUCGCGGUCAGGCUGGUGGACAGAACGUCGCUCCACAUUGUCGACUUCCUCACUCAGAACAGUUUAAAUUUGGAUAAGCAAACGACCAAAGGGAGCACGGCGCUGCACUACUGCUGUCUGACUGACAACAGUGAGUGCCUGAAGCUGCUGCUGAGGGGGAAGGCCUCCAUAGACAUUGCUAACGAGACCGGGGAAACGCCGCUGGACAUCGCCCGCAGGCUCAAACACCUCCAGUGUGAGGAGCUGUUGAAUCAGGCGCUGGCGGGGAAAUUCAACGCACACGUUCACGUGGAGUAUGAAUGGUGCCUGCAGCAUGAAGACUUGGAUGAGAGUGAUGAGGACCUGGAUGAAAAGCCCAGUCCUCACCGCAGAGACGAGCGUCCGGUCAGUUGUUACACGCCCAGCACCAACUCCCACCUGCAGGCCCGUGACAACGCCGGUCUGGUCAAGGACAAGCAGCGCUCCUACCUGCCUAAUCUGGUCAACAACGAGACCUACGGCACCGUCAUCAACAACAACCCGCCUCAACAACCCGGUCUGCCCGCAACCACCGCCGGACCACCGCUUCCCCCGAGAAACAUUGUCCAACUAACCGGCCUUGGUGGGACGCCUCAACCCUCAUCUUCCAACAGCUGGAAGCCCGGUUCUUUAGACCUGGUUGGACGUCAGAGAUCGUCUUCAGACCCCCCCAACAUGCACACUCCUGCUCCCCCUUUCCGGCUCACCUCGGCAGGAGGGAAGAGUGACGGAAUGAGCUCUCAAAACAAGUCGGGUCAAGGACCUGCAGGAUCCAGCAGAGCCAAUCAGUCCAAGUCCCCUGCAGGCAAUGGCAAAGGCUUCACCCGAGGACUCCUAAAUCGGACGGAAUCGAUUGAGCGACCAACUAAGGCAGUGCCAGGAUGUCCCCAGAACUCCGUAGGUCAGUCUUUUCCUUCAGCACCCCACUCCAGAAAGGCCUACCCAAAGCACAGGCCAAAGCGAGUGAAAGCCAUCUACAACUGUGUGGCAGACAACCCCGACGAACUGACCUUCUCUGAGGGCGAGGUCAUUGUGGUCGACGGUGAGGAGGACCAAGAGUGGUGGCUGGGCCACAUCGAGGGAGACCCGACAAGACGCGGAGCCUUCCCGGUCACCUUUGUACAGUACGCUGCAGACUGAAUGCUCAGGUGGUCGCCCUUCAUCUCUGGUGGUGGUCAUGACAACAAUCUGAGCAUCUCUUCCCCUAACGUGUGUGCUGUUUAUUAGGAUUGUUGUAAGAAAGAAAAGCAUGAGUGUUGCCAACCACCUUUCACAAUAAAUGCACUUUCCUCGCUGCUCCCUCACACACGAUGAAGAUUGUCCAGGACUCACUUUCCCCUCCUCCUCAUCCUCCUCUUCCUCCUCCUUUUUCUUUCAAUCUGAACUGUGAAUGAGCAUGAGCUUACUCCGCUGAUUAAUAACAAGCACCAACACAUCUCUUCUUCUCUGCUUUUUAAUUAGGGUUUAUAUGAUGUAUGUGUGCUAAAUAUGUCUUAUAGCCUCAUUAUGUGUGCCUCCCUUAAGAUGAAUGUGUACAAGUAUACAGUUUGAUGCAAAAUGACUCAUUUUCUGGGCAAAUGUUCAGUUGAAGUGCAUUUAUAGCCAGUGAAAAUGUAUCUUUUAGCUGACAGUGACACGAGGACUUUUAAUUACUCAUGUUUAAGUUCUAAGUAAAAUAAUUCAGAUACUUAAGCUCAGUGUUUCCCAAAUGACACAUUUGUGUUCUUCACUGGAAAAAAAAAAUCCUACAAUGGAAUGAUGCAGUAUAUGAAUAUAAAUAAUACAGAAUAUGACAGGCAUGAAUAUACAUGCAUUGUAUGAUUGCUUGAUGAUAAAAUUGCUUUUAAGUAAUUAACUAAAUGGUAACCCACCUCCCUCCCCAAAAAAAAUACUUCAAAAUUUGGCCAAUAUUACAAAAAAUAUACAAAUAAUAUAUAAAAAAUACAUAUUAAAAUAAAAAUAAAUACAUUUGGCCAAUACCUUUUUUAUUUAUUUUUUUUACAUUGACCAUUUGUUUUAUUUUCAAAAAUCACACAGAAUGUUAAUCAAUCUGAUCAAAGAAAGUAGAACAACUCCAACCCAAUCCCAGAUGUGCAAUAUUUAGGAUAUAAAUGUACAGAAGCAAGCGAGAAGAGAUACAAAUACUAUAUUUAAAUUUUUUUUAAAUAAUAUUAGCAACAACAGCAUUGAUAACCAUUAUAUUAAGAAUAACAUCAUUACAAGUAAUUAACUUAAUUACUUGCAAUAUGUAUAAUUUUUAUCAUCACUUAUCAUUUCCAUCACAAAAUAUAUUUACUUUUUUUUGCCCUCUCCCACCUCCCCUCAUAGGAUCAAGGACCAAAAAAAAGCAAAUAUUUUUUACUAAUUUUAUUUUUAUUUUGGGCCAUUUUCAGCUAUAAAAUACACAUUCAACAGCCAGAAAUGAACUUUAAAAAUUGCUGUCUUGUCCACCUAAAAAAAAUUGAUAGGAUGUUAGGUGUGUGUUUUGAAAUAAGCAUUUUAAUGUAACGUAGGUGGAUGUUGUGUUGCAGAGCAACUUAAUACAAAGUGAAUAUUUACUGUGGGCAUUGAACGUCACACCAUGAGAGCCUUUGUGAGAGUUGCAGCUAAUGCUUUAAUGGUGUUUGUUAUGAACUCACUGGAAAUGGGAAGAUUGAACAUUUACAUGUGUACAUAGAUGAAUAUAAGUAUGUGUGUGUUGAUAUUUAAAUGUAGACAAGGGAGCACUGUGGUGUGGCGGGAAACACUUUGUACAGAAUAUGUGUGUGAAAUAACAUCACUUGUCUUUAUCUGUUGUUGGAUCUCUUUAAAUGGGAAAUGAAACUGGAAUAAAAUGAUAUAA